AUGGACUUCAAGAAACUCCGCGGUGUCUUGGACUCACAGAGUGAGCCCCUCAAUGGCACCGCUACCAAUCUUACGGAGCUGCCCAGCAACAUCUUGGAAGCCUUCAUUCCGGGCUACAGUCUGAUAUCAAGGUUCAUCUUCGACGCAUUCGGAUUUGAUAUCGGCGUGCUCGUUUCCAUUGGCCUUUUGGCCUUUGCGGUCGUUACGUCCGUCACAUAUAUUUGGGUCAAGGCUUUCUCUUUAUUCCAAAAUUGCUACAUGUCGAAUGUUUACAUCGACGACUCGGACGAUCUUUACGACUCGGUCCUGGAAUGGAUUGCCGACCAACGCAUGUCUAAGGUUUCUAGAUCCAUCAAAGCAGUAACUCGUUAUGGCAUGUCCGGCAUAGAAUCCGAAGAGGCUACCGACGGCGCCAUGGACGAGCAGGGAAUCUUUAACUACGGAAAGUGGUCUGCCAAGAUUCCUCCUCGUUAUGAACCAUACUUUGGCAGCCACCACUUCUUCCACGACGGCGGACUGUACAUGUUCGAUCGGUCACGAAGAGAAGUGGCGCCCAAUCCAUUUCAACCGAGCCGCAGGGACGAAGAACUUAUCAAGCUCUCUUGCAUUGGUCGCAGCACCUUGCCUAUCAAGACGCUCCUUGAUCACAUCAAAUUCUGGUCAAUCGACAAGGAGACGGCAAUGACGGUCAUCCGCCGGCCUGCCAGCAAGGAUCGGUCAAGAUACGCCGGUGCCUGGGAUCGUCUCAGGGCCAAACCGUCUCGGCCAAUGGACACCGUGGCUUUGGAUCCAUCUCAGAAGGAGAAGAUCAUUGCCGAUAUCAAUGAAUACUUGCAUCCUUCCAGCCCGCGCUGGUAUGCCACGCGUGGAAUCCCUUACCGUCGAGGGUACUUGUUCCACGGACCCCCCGGUGUUGGCAAGACAAGCUUGGCUUACGCUCUGGCCGGCAUUUUCGGACUUGACAUCUACAAUAUCUCCUUGCUUGAACCGACCCUGACAGAGUCCGAUUUGAAUCGUCUGUUCAACAAUCUUCCGCAGCGCUGCAUCGUCCUCCUAGAAGAUAUCGAUAGUGCUGGUCUCCUCCGUGAUGAGAAGAGCGACCAAGAGGAGGCGGCGAACCCCAACAAGAAGAAAGAGGAGUUCAGCGCAGAGUCGCUUGCCAAAGCCCUCACGACAGCAAACCGCAAGCAGAAGCAAGCCGACGAUAACAAGCAAGGCAUUUCCCUCUCUGGGCUCCUCAACGCCAUUGAUGGUGUCGCUACACACGAAGGCCGCGUCCUCGUCAUGACAACCAACCACCCGGAAAAGCUCGACGAUGCGCUGAUCCGACCUGGCCGUGUCGAUAUGCAGGUCGAAUUCAGCCUGGCGACGCACGAGCAGAUGCGCGAUAUCUUCAUUCGUAUGUACUCGCCCGAUGAAGACAGCCAGCCAAACAAAAACGCCAGUCGGCGCCUCAACAGCAAUUCACACACCAAGGCUAGUCUCAAUGGCGCAGCUAAAGCACCUAGUGACGAGAAGGUCAUACCAAAGCUCCCCACCUCGGUCGCUCUCCCUGCUCUCUCUAAAGACGAACUCUGCCGCAUGGCGGAGAAAUUCAUGGGACAUAUGCCUGAAGGCAAGCUGUCACCGGCUGAGGUGCAGAAUUUCUUGCUUACACGCAAGAAAGAGCCAGAGCGGGCGUUGGCAGAGGUGGACGAAUGGUGCAAGGCUUUGUUAGAGGCAAAGGAGAAGAAGGAGAAGGUUGUCAGGGUACAGUGA